AUGACAAUAUAUCCGCAAACUAUCGCCGAAGAUAUAGUGAUCAGUGGAAUGAGCGGUCGGUUCCCGGAAUCCAAUUCCACCGAUGAGUUCGCAAAGAAUCUGUACGACGGCGUCGAUAUGAUCACCGAUGAUGACCGUCGCUGGCCUUCAGAAAUGUAUGGAAUGGACCAAAGAAUGGGUAAAUUAAAGGACAUCGAGAAGUUUGACGGAAACUUCUUCGGAGUGAUUAACGCCGUCGGAGAUACGAUUGAUCCGCAUUUGAGACUUUUGAUGGAGACUACAUACGAGGCCAUUGUGGACGCCGGCAUUAAUCCGCAAUCGCUGCGCGGCUCCAACACCGGUGUAUACAUCGGGUACUCGACGUUCGGUAUGCCCGAGGGUUUGCCCGAAGAGGUGGCGCCCGACUCGCAGAGCAAAAUGACGGAAACCCUGCUGUGGGUUCAGGGACAGGCCAAGUGUCUCUACUCAAACCGACUCUCCUUUGUCUAUGACCUGAGAGGCCCGUCGAUGAUCAUCGACACCGCCUGCUCUUCCAGUUUAGUCGCUUUCAAUACAGCGAUGAAUGACUUGAGAUUAGGGAAGUGCGAGUCGGCAAUAGUGGGCGGAACUAAUGUCAAUCUUCAGGCGUUCACAAACCAUAUCUUCCAAUCGACUCGUCUGAACGCUUCGGAUGGCGUCCCCAAAGUGUGGGACCAAACGGCCGACGGCUUUAGGAGAGACUGUCGCCUGUUUUCUCCUCCUGAAUCCAAUUCCACCGAUGAGUUCGCAAAGAAUCUGUACGACGGCGUCGAUAUGAUCACCGAUGAUGACCGUCGCUGGCCUUCAGAAAUGUAUGGAAUGGACCAAAGAAUGGGCAAAUUAAAGGACAUCGAGAAGUUUGACGGCAACUUCUUCGGCGUGAUUAACGCCGUGGGAGAUACGAUUGAUCCGCAUUUGAGACUUUUGAUGGAGACUACAUACGAGGCCAUUGUGGACGCGGGCAUUAAUCCGCAAUCCCUGCGCGGCUCCAACACCGGUGUAUACAUCGGGUACUCGACGUUCGGUAUGCCCGAGGGUUUGCCCGAAGAGGUGGCGCCCGACUCGCAGAGCAAAAUGACGGAAACCCUGCUCUGGGUUCAGGGACAGGCCAAGUGUCUCUACUCCAACCGACUCUCCUUUGUCUAUGACCUGAGAGGCCCGUCGAUGAUCAUCGACACCGCCUGCUCUUCCAGUUUAGUCGCUUUCAAUACAGCGAUGAAUGACUUGAGAUUAGGGAAGUGUGAGUCGGCAAUAGUGGGCGGAACUAAUGUCAACCUUCAGGCGUUCACAAACCAUAUCUUCCAAUCGACUCGUCUGAACGCUUCGGAUGGCGUCCCCAAAGUGUGGGACCAAACGGCCGACGGCUUUGUCAGAGGAGAGACUGUCGCCUGUUUUCUCCUCCAGAGGCGGUCCGCCGCCCGUCGGGUCUUCGCCACUGUUUUGAACUCAGGAGUGAAUAUCGAUGGCAACAAACGGAUGGGAAUGUUCUUCCCGUCGGCCGAACGACAGGAGGAGCUGAUGGUUAAGGUGUACGAAGAGGCGGGAGUGGAUCCGCUCGAUGUCAACUACUUUGAAGCUCACGCCACGGGAACUAAGGUCGGCGACCCUCAGGAGGCGAAAGCCAUUUACAACGCCUACUGUUUUGGACCCAAAAGGCGGGGAACUCUACCAAUAGGUCUACUGAAGAGUAAUAUCGGUCACGCGGAGGGCGCCUCUGGUGUCUCGUCGAUGACUAAAGUGUUGAUUUCAUACGAGAAUGAAUGCAUUCCUCGAAAUCUACACCUGAAGAACAUUAAGUCUACGAUCGCAGACAUGUGUCCGCCAUUGGUUCCCAUCACUGAGAACUUGAAAUAUACUCCGGGCAUCGCUGGUGUGAACAACUUCGGUGUCGGGGGAGUGAAUGCACACGUAUUGCUCGAACCCAACUAUAAGGUGUCCGAUGCGGACAGUCUUCAGAUCGCGGACACAAUCCCGAGAAUUGUGAACAUCUGCUGCCGAACCGAAGAGGCGUUGAACCAAAUGUUUGAUUUCAUUCAAAACAAUCCACAAAAGAUUACUCGAGAUUUUUUGGCCCUUUUGGCCGAUACUAUGAAAACUCAAACUUCUAUAAAGACUGUCGGCUUUCCCUAUAGAGGCUCAAUUUUCAUUAAACAAGUGAUUGAAGGGAAGAAUCAAAUUAAAUACGAAUACAAAAGGCAGUCAUCAGUUUUGAAGGCCAGAAAUGUGAGACCUGUUUGGUUUAUAUUCCCCGGUUUGGGCGGACAAUGGGUUGGAAUGGCUAAGGCUUUGAUGCCAAUCAAGAUAUUCGCCGAUAAGAUCGAUGAAUGCCAUGAAAUACUCAAACCCUUUGGUAUCGAUUUGAAGCACUUGUUAUUAUCCGAUGAUAAGAAGUCCAUGUCUUCAAUGACUAACAAGUUUUGUGCCACAACUGCUCUCGAGAUCGCAUUGUUUGAUGUGAUGAAAGCGCUGAAUAUUACUCCCGACGGCAUUAUUGGCCACUCUUUUGGCGAAAUAGCGGCCGCUUAUGCGGACGGAGGGCUCACCACAAAAGAGGCGCUUCUCGUCACUUACAUCAGAGGAUAC